AGCCGACGUCCCCUGGCAGCUCUGUGGCUGGUCCCUGUGUCUGGAUGGAGGCAGUGUACAUGGUGGCAUGUGGCUGGGAUUAGGACAUUUCACUGUGGAUUAAAAUCUUUCCAACGCCUCCACGGCCACUUGCUGAAAAGAAAGGAGAAGUUCCAGCAGAGCUGCAGUGAGCAGUCGGGGUCCAUGGUCUCAGUUCCCAGCUCCAGGAUGUUGCGGCUGCUCCACGGACACCAAAGUUGCACAUCCCGCCUGGUCACCAAGGACGGGCGCUGCAACAUUGAGUUUGGCAACAUCGAGUACAGCAACCACUUUGCGUACCUGGUGGACUUCUGGACCACCUUCGUGGAGAUCCGCUGGCGCUUCGUCUUCCUCCUGUUCGUGGCCUCCUUCACGGGGAGCUGGUUCAUCUUCAGCCUGCUGUGGUUCUGGAUCGCAAAGAGCAACGGGGACCUGGCCGGACAGAACCGCACAGAAGGGCACGUGCGGUGUGUAGACAAUGUUAACGGCCUCACGACGGCGUUCCUCUACUCCCUGGAGACCCAAACUACCAUAGGGUACGGUGGCAGGGCGCUGACGGGUCACUGUGCCGGCACGGUGGCUCUGAUUGUCGCCCAGUCUAUAAUCGGAGUCUUCAUCAACUGCUUCAUGUGCGGCGUCGUCUUGGCCAAGAUCUCGUCGCCCAAAAAACGGGCAAAGACUGUGACCUUCAGCAAAACAGCCGUCAUCUGCCUGAAGAAAGGAAGUCUGUGCCUCCUGAUCCGAGUGGCCAACCUUCGGAAGACCUUGUUAAUCGGAAGCCAGAUCUACGGCAAGCUGCUGAGGACCACGACCACGCCGGACGGAGAGACCAUCAUUCUGGACCAGGUGGACAUCGACUUCAUGGUCGACGCUGGCAAGGACAACUUGUUUUUCGUUUGCCCUCUGACCCUCUACCAUGUGAUCAACGUGUCGAGUCCCUUCUACGAGCUCUCAGUCGACACUCUCCCCCAGCAGGACUUCGAGCUGGUGGUCUUCCUGGACGGCACGGCCGAGUCCACCAGCUCCUCCUGCCAGGUCCGGACCUCCUACAUCCCGCAGGAGAUCCAGUGGGGGUACAGCUUCCUGCCCAUCAUCUCCCGCACUAAGACCGGAAAGUACCACGUGGAUUUCUCAAACUUUUCCAAGAGCGUCCGGGUGACCACGCCGCACUGCGUCCACUGCUUCGAGAGCGACGUGGACCAGAGGAACCACAACAGCCACAGCCAGCAGAAGAGCGGCAUCGACAACCUGGGGUUUCAGGUGAUCGACAUCAACGACUUUGUGGACAUCACGAAAAUGUGAAAAAGGAGCGGGAAAGUAUCUGGGGUUGUGGGAAAGUGUCUGUUACUUCCCCUUUUUGGCCAAGUUUCACAGUUAGUCAAACCACGUGGUGAGGAAACGAUUCUAUGAGGACUUCAGAAUCACUGUCGACUCUUUUUGCCUCGAACGGCAUAAAAAACAUUCAAGGCUGUUUAACCGUCUGGAAUAAAAAAGAAAUCCAGAAAUGAGCGAGAGCUAAGCUGCUCAUUUCAAUCAAAGCAUCGUUGGGACUUGUGAAGGUAACGUGUGGAAGCUGGAGCCUGAAGUUCUGAUGUGUAGAAAAUUAAAGGGGGGGAUACUGGAUGGCACAGUGGGUACUACUCGAGAAGAUUAGGGGCCUGAGCCUUUUAUAAUGAAAAUCUGUCGCUACAGAGGCUGAGUGAGGACAAAAAGAAGUGAGGACUUUAGAGUUUUCUCAUGAUUCCUGCUGAUUUGCUUAACGUGCUGUUUUUCUGUUUUUAUUUCUUGCCGACUCGGCUCAUGUGCCUUGAUAAUUAGGAAACUGUGAAUGUAGCUGCUGCACAUGUGAUGAUUUGAAAUGUGACCAGUCUACAGUUUGUAGAUCACGUUGUGUAAAAACCGAAACCUCUCAGGGAAACUAACGUCUGUAGUCGGUGAGGUGGGAAUCU